UGAAAUAACUAAAAAACAGACAACAUAGUAUCAGAAUUCAAAAAAUCAAACCACCAUGGCCGCCGCCGCCGCCACCCUCUCUCAAUGCAGUUUCUUACCCACCUUAACUUGUAUGAAACCAAAUCCCAAACGCAAACCCAUUUAUCCCCUUCUCUUCCCCAACUCUUACAAACCCAUUUCUUUCUCCACCACAAACCCCAGGUUGAGAAUCUCUCAUACAGAAGCAAUAUUACCAAAACGGUCCCGUAGGCUAUUUGUGGUUUCUGGGUUGGUGGAUGGCAAUUCUGAGACAUACCCCGAAGUAGAAUCAAAUGAUUUGAAUGAGGAGAGUGCAACCAUUGACAUAAAGCUGCCAAGGAGGAGUUUGCUUGUGCAAUUUACUUGUAAUGAGUGUGGCGAGAGGUCCCAGAGGCUUAUAAAUCGUUUAGCCUAUGAACGGGGACUUGUAUUUGUGCAGUGUGCAGGGUGUGAGAGGUAUCACAAGUUAGCUGAUAAUCUUGGUCUUAUUGUUGAGUAUGACUUGCGGGAGGAAAUCAGUGCAGAAUCAAAUGCAGAUCAAGUUUGAUAAGAAACAAUGAAUCAAGUUUCUAUUCUGUUUCUUCUUUUGAAUAGUUUUGUUCAUGGUUGUAAGGUCCGUCUUUAUUAUAUACUUCGAGGGACUGAAAAUGUACAAAAAUGUUGACAAUUUCUUGGCUUGCCUUUUACAUUUUAAUUCCUAUAAUAUGAAUUCCAUACCAA